AUGGGUAGCGGCGCGGUGUUUCUUUGGUGGCGCACGCCGCCGCGUCAGCCGCAUAGUAUCAAGUCAAACUUAGGAUACAUUAUAGAUAAAGCCAAUAAAAUCAAAAUCACUCACCUUCUUUACAUGGACGACAUAAAACUGUUCGCACCUGACAGGCAACAACUGGAACACCUAUUAAAAUUAACGGAAAAAUUUAGCGCUGAUAUUUACAUGACAUUCGGAACUGAUAAAUGUAAAAUUAAUUGCAUUCUUAAGGGCAAACAUACACAUACAGAACCACUCAACUUAGAACUACAAGAAGGAACAAUAGACAGCAUGCAAGCUAAAGACACAUAUAAGUACCUAGGUUAUAUACAAAAUACAGCUAUAGAUCAUAAAGAAAUAAAAAAUACUUUAAAAAUUAAAUACAAACAGAGACUUAAUAAAAUUUUGAAAACUCAAUUGUCAGGCCGAAACAAAAUUAAAGCUGUAAAUACCUAUGCGAUCCCUAUAUUAACAUAUUCAUUUGGAAUUAUCAGGUGGUCUGACACUGAUUUGGAAGCUCUCAACACCGCAACCCGAACCGCUUGUUACAAACACAAUAUUCACCACAUCCAUUCAGCAGUUGAAAGAUUUACAAUAAAGAGGAAGCAGGGAGGGCGUGGCUUUAUAGACAUAAAAAAUCUACAUUACACACAAAUAGAUAACCUCCGAAAAUAUUUCAAGACAAAAGCUAACACAAGCCCACUCCAUAAAGCCAUUGUAAGUCUACCUCAUUCUGGAACACCGCUACAGUUUAAUAAUGACCAAUUUGACCCUCAAAAUAAAAUAAUUAAAAUUGACAACAAAAUAGAAAAAUGGAAGAGCAAGGCUCUACAUGAAAAUGACUCCGUAAAACUCUACUGGGAUCGCGAUAUCGUCACAGACCGCACCAUUCUAAGCAAUAGACCAGACAUGACCCUCACAAUUAAAUCUGAAAAAACCACUUACCUUAUAGACGUCGCCGUUCCAAACACCAACAACCUGAAACAGAAACACACAGAAAAAAUCCAAAAAUACAUACCGCUCGCAGAUGAGAUCAAACAAAUGUGGCAUCAAAACACACAACCAAACGGGUAG